AUGCGACACAACAUGAACCAACCUGGAAAAUCUUUAGGCGUUAUUGGGCUAGGUGGUCUGGGGCACUUGGCAGUGAAAUUUGGAAAGGCUUUUGGAUUGAAAGUCACAGUGUGGAGCACAAGCUUUUGGGUUCAUUUUGUCUCAUCUAAAGCAAUAAAGAUGCUGAUUCUUUACCACCAUCACCUCAUAUCAUUGCACUUCAUUAUUGAUACAGCUUCUGGAGAUAUUUCAUUUGAUCCGUACCUUUCCCUGUUGAAGACUAAUGGGGUUCUUAUUCUGGUUGGCUUCCCAAGUGAAGUAAAAUUUAUGCCACAUAGCCUAAUCACAGAUAUGAGAACUGUAUCCGGGAGUGCAACUGGUGAAACGAAACAAACACAAGAAAAAUGUUGGACUUCUGUGCAGCGCACAAUAUCUUAA